UGUGAAUUAUGCUCCAAGUGACAACGGCAAACUGAGACGGAGUUGUGGGUGGCGACACAGACAAGAGGUGUUUCUGGGUCAUUCACGUGUGAAAUAAUUACAAAACAGCUCUGCGUGAAGUUGGAGAUAGAGAAACUUUCUCGGUGCUAGUAAUUUCGUUCGUGUCUCGGUCCGCUUGCUAUUUAUUUGCAACUAUUCGGUAACACAUGCAGCGUCAGGAUACUGGUGACGAUUGAGAGCAGUUGGUAGAGAGAGAGAGAGAGAGAGAGAGAGAGAGAGAGAGAGAGAGAGAGUGGGCGUCCGCGACUCUGCUUCUUGCCAGGGGUGUCAUUAUUAGUCCAAAACGUUUUGGAACGGAACUCGUUUACUCCAAACGGGAAACGAGAGUUUCUCAAUAGGCACAUUUAGGUAGAUCCUUCCCCGUUUCGUUCCAUUUUCUUCCGUUUGGUUUCUAGUGAAUACACCCCUGGCAACGCUCCGAAAUCACAAGUGAGACGCUCAGCUAAACCAAACCUAAUCGAAUUGAGACUUAUCAUAUGGUUCAAACAGAGGACUUACUUCCCGGGACAGAGAACUAUUUGGAGCCGAAGUCAUGAAAGCACAGGUGGCAGAGUAACCGCAGGACAUCGAGACUGUUCUUUGCUGCAGUCUUUCCUCCAGACACUCUCUCUCUCUUUUGUCUUCCAUUUCCCGUACCCGCUUGGCUUCCCUUCUCUGGUUCUCUACCUGCACCUCUAUCCCUCCUUCCAUCCAUCCGGCCAUCCAUCCUUCCUUGAGUCUCUCUCCAUCCGGCGGCGCUGCCAUCAUGCGUCGGUUCAGCUCCGAGGGGUCCCUACUGAAUAUGGACUUCCUGCCGUGGAAGAAGGUGGAGCUGAAGGACCAGAACUACCACAGCCGGGACGGGGAGUCAGGCACCUACACCCCCCACCUAGGGGAGGACGAACUGGAUGGGCGAACCACCUCUCUCCCCCCCACACCCAUCAUCCUGGAGCCUGAGGCCAGCCCUGGGAGGACAACGGGGAGGGGGGAGCUGGGCAAGGAGCACAGCGUCAGCGUGGAGAACGUCACCGAACUGGGGAAGCCAGAGGGUAAGGGUCAUCUGAGAGUGGUGAACCUCAGUGAAGGAUGCAGGGCGUACAGUGACGGCCAGUUGGCGCCAGCGACUUCGGAUAGCAGCACAGAGAGCGUGGGCAGGCACGACCGGCCUCCGCCCUCUCCCUCAUACUCAACCUUUGACUCCAGCCCCUUCUCCUUCAAGUCACAACAACGGUCCCAGGCCAGAGCCAAGCUGUCAGCAGCCAAGCUACAUCUGAAGAGCCUGUUUGGGCAGAGUCCCCAUUCGUCACACCCCAACCUGUUUAACCCAGAACAGAAAGACCGUGCUAAAGAGCAGCGGUCUCGCCUCCCGUUCCUUUGCCAAUGGAGUCAGAUGGGCCACAGCAAGGCCAAGUUCAGCCGGGAGGAACUGGAUAAGUGGGCUGAGUCGCUGGACGCCCUCCUGGGUAGUCAGACCGGUGUGUCUGUGUUUGGAGCAUUCCUUCGCUCAGAGUUUAGUGAGGAGAAUCUGCAGUUCUAUCUGGCCUGUGAGCAGUACAGAAACUCCUCCAACAACUUCAGCCUGCACAGACGGGCCAAGGAGAUCACUGUCACCUAUAUCGAGGCGGGGGCACCGCGAGAGGUGAACUUGGACAGUAAGACCAGAGAUCUAACCACACAGCUCCUACAGGCCCCAUCACACACCUCCCUGUCCCACGCCCAGAAACGCAUCUACUCCCUCCUGGAUACAGACUGCUACCCUCGCUUCCUCCAGUCCACCAUCUACCUCACCCUGCUGGGCCAGGCUGACUAGAGACUAAGGGCUCCAUUCAAUCCAUAUCGCUGAAGUUCAGCACUAUAGCGCAAUUUGAAAAUUUUAAAGGCAAUGUUCCCGCGUUCGCGGACACUGCAUUUCACGUUAAACGCUACAGCAUAUUUUGUCUCAAUCUCUGAACUUCCACAAUACAAAAUGAUUGGAGACCUA